GUUCUGCUGGGCGGUGCCAAAAAACGACUCGCUGCGCCUACACAGUGCGCAAGCGCAGUUGGCCACGGAACCAGCGGCAAAAUGGAGCUUCGCACCCCCCAGGACGAAGGAAACUUGUGUGAGGUCUACCUGGCUUAAUAGACCAGUGCUGAGAGCAUGCCUCACGCAGAUGACACAGCCCGGCGACUAUCCCAGACUGGAACCAGCCUCUAUGCGGUGCUAGAACUAAAGAAAGGUGCCCAGCCGGAAGAGAUCAAAAGAGCCUACAGGUUCAGACUCUCACCUUCAUUCAACCCUGACAAGAAUCCAGGGGACACUCAAGCAGGAGAAUUCUUCAAAGAGAUCAACACAGCCCAUGCUGUACUCAGUGACCCUACCAAGAAGAAGAUCUACGACCAGCAUGGCUCAUUGGGAAUAUACCUGCUCGAUCAUUUUGGUGAAGAAGGCGUCAAAUACUACUUUAUAGCCAACAGUUGUUGGUUCAAGACACUCGUCAUCCUCUGCUGCCUUCUGACCUGCUGCUGCUGCUGCUGCUGCUGCUGCUUUUGCUGUGGAGCGCUCAGUCCACCCCCCGAGGAAGUUCCCAAGAAGCAGCAGAAGAAUGUCUAUUGUCAGCAACCGAACGUCUGUUCGCAGCCAAAGAGAUCAGGAGCACCCCAGAAAACUGAGAUGGAAGAUGAAGACAGUGAGGAUUAGUAAGGACACGUAAAGGCGAGUGAGGUAACACAGUGACCGUCACCUGCCACGCAGCCCACCGGACAUGCUGAAGAGAGAAAGAAGCAAGUAGCCCCGUCCUGACUCUGAUCCUGACUUGACUCCUGAUCUUAAAAACAAUCCCUGCUUCAGAAGCGAUAUGACAACAUCCAUCCUAGAAAGAGCAGGAUCUCUGCUCUGGGUAUGCAUGCCACUGAGCCUGUCCACACAGAACCUUCCGCUGUUCUUCUUCUAUUUGGCUCUAGCUCCCUUCCCAUCUUUUAUCCACAUGAGAUCUCAGGCCGUGGCGGCAGGCGUUUCCUGAGAUCUCUUUUUCCAGUGCGUGCCUGGGUACUUGCCAAGGUGGGUCCCUGAGCCCUUGCUGAUUAACUUUACCAAGACCCCGACCACUAAGCAAGGUGGCUCCUGUCCCAAGAGCUGGGGGACCAGUUAAUCCUCCUUUGUUGCAACUUUGUGUACCAGGGACCUCUAGCACCAGCCUCAUUUCUUAGCAAUACACCUUUGGGAGGCUGGUCUCACCGUCUUCUGGUACCUCGGGCAUUGGCAUCGACACCCUAUCCAUAAGACAGCUUGGGAAAGGUGGGGGUGCAUUUGAGGUUUGUGGCUCCCCUGGGACUCCAGUCCCGCCCCCACAGCCGAGGUCCUGUGGACUGGCCGCGGCCCAGGCACCAGUGCCUGCUGCCUCCAUUCUUCAUGACUCCUCAUGCAGGCCGAUCCCCAUGUAUUUGUUCUCAACCCAGGGCCAUGAAAUGUGCUGGGGACAGACUGUACUUGGAAGACUUCACUCCAGCCUCUGUGUGUCGUGGGCUUGGCAUCCUCUCUGUAUCCUCUUUGCCAUUUCUUUUGUGCUCGUGUGGGAUCAGGGCCUAGGAACCCUCAAACCUUUCAGCCCUCAUUGGAAGGAGGACUAAAGAAUAUCAAUAAAAAAGAUCUGUCCAA